AAGAAAAUAACCACACAACAGUCUCAAAGCUGAGAGAGACUCAGGGGGUCAAGGAUGGAACCUUGGGUUCCCCAGUGGCCAGCUCGGCUAUGGGGGAGGCCCAUGGCACCAUCAAAAGACCCAGACAGAGGACUUCGGAGUGGACGUCAGCGGCUUCUUCCCAACCCGCGGCACAAUGGAGAGAGGUUCCAUCAAUGGCAAGACAGCCCAGGGAGUCCACAGCACCAGCAGGAGCCCAGGGCUGACCACCAGCAGUCACAUUACCCCUCCAGGCCGGGGGUGUGGCCUCAGCCUGUGUCUGCAGGGGACUACUAUGAAGAGGGUUAUCCUGGUCACAUGUAUUCAAGGCCAGGCUAUGAGGAUGUCUAUCAAAGAUACCACUCGCCAACACUGCGGGAAGAGUAUGCUUAUGGAAGCUAUUACUACCCAGGACACCUGCAGCGGCUGCAGGAAGAGAGAGUGCCAAGGCCAGGGAGUCCUUAUACCUGGCGUGAAGAUUAUGGAAACCAAAAGCACCUCAGUGACCAUCAUGGUGAAAACCCGCAGAGUCCAUUUGGAGCAAAUAAUGAGACUCAGUUCCAAUCUCUCAGCCGGAACCCUUAUAAAGACAGCCCCACUUCCAGCUCUGGACAGGAGCAGCCUGGGGACCUGAGGAAUAAGCCAUCUGAAGAGUCCAACCUCCUCCAGCAGCACGAGGCUGGACUCAGCUCCAGCAGCUAUGAGCUCAGUCAGUACAUGGCAGAUGUUCCUGAGCAGAGCGAUCCCAUGGCUUCAUCAGUUUGGCGUCCAAUCCAGGAGGGGAACAUCUCAGCGGCCAAGCCCAAGGCACCCUUGAAGUUCUACGUCCCUCAUGUGUCUGUGAGUUUUGGGCCAGGAGGCCAGCUGGUAUGUGUGUGUCCCAAUUCUCCCCUGGACGGGCAAACGGCCAUCGUUGAACUGCAUAGCAUGGAGAUUAUUCUUAAUGAUUCUGAGGACCAGGAGGAGAUGAGAAGUUUCUCAGGACCUCUGAUCAGGGAAGAUGUACACAAGGUGGACAUCAUGACCUUUUGCCAGCACAAAGCAGCUCAGAGCCACAAAUCUGAGACACCACAGAGCCGAGACUCAGCUCUACUGUGGCAACUGCUGGUUCUCCUUUGUCGCCAGAAUGGGUCCAUGGUGGGGUCUGACAUUGCCGAGCUACUGAUGCAAGACUGCAAGAAGCUGGAGAAAUACAAGAGGCAGGCCCCAGUGGCCAACCUCAUUAACCUGACCGACGAGGACUGGCCCGUGAUGAACUCCGGGAACCGCAACCUGCUCACUGGGGAGAUCCCCCCCACCGUGGAGACGCCCGCUCAGGUCGUGGAGAAGUUCACUAAACUGCUCUACUAUGGAAGGAAGAAGGAGGCCUUGGAGUGGGCUAUGAAGAACCACUUGUGGGGUCAUGCUUUGUUCCUUUCCAGCAAGAUGGACCCACGGACCUACAACUGGGUCAUGAGUGGAUUCACCACCACGCUAGCGCUCAAUGAUCCCCUGCAGACCCUCUUCCAGCUCAUGUCCGGAAGGAUCCCACAAGCAGCUACGUGUUGUGGGGACAGGCAGUGGGGAGACUGGAGGCCGCACUUGGCUGUGAUUCUGUCAAAUCAAGCUGGAGACCUGGAGCUGUAUCAGAGAGCAAUUGUCACCAUGGGGGACACAUUGGCUGGGAAAGGGCUCCUGGAGGCUGCUCAUUUCUGCUACCUCAUGGCUCAUCUGCCUUUCGGCCACUAUCCGGUGAAGACAGAUCAUCUGGUCUUGCUGGGCAGUAGCCAUAGCCAAGAGUUUUUGAAAUUUGCCACCACUGAGGCCAUACAGAGGACGGAAAUCUUCGAGUACUGCCGGAUGCUGGGCCGUGCCAAAUCCUUCAUCCCUGCUUUCCAGGUGUAUAAACUCCUUUAUGCAUCCCGGCUGGCAGAUUACGGCCUAGUGUCCCAGGCCUUGCAUUACUGUGAAGCCAUUGGUGCGGCCGUCCUGAGCCAGGCGGAGAGCACUCACCCUGUGCUAUUAGUGGAGCUCAUCAAGCUCGCAGACAAACUGAAGCUGUCAGAUCCUCUGGUUUUAGAAAGACACCGCGGGGACAGGGAACUGGAGCCAGAUUGGCUAGUGCAGCUUAGGAAGCUACACCAGGAACUAGAGCUAAAGGUAGCUGGAGACAUUGGUGAUCCUCCAGCUGCCCACUCAGAUGAGUCCGAAGCCAGAAGAACCACCACAGAUACUUUCUACCAGGAUCUUUCGGGACAGCCAGGCUCCUCAGAAGACCCUGGCUACAGCUCAGCCCUGUGGUCAACACCUGAGCAGACAGGCCCCACCCAGCCCAGCCCAAGGCAGCCCAUCUCCCUCCAGCAGGAUCCUUACCCAGGGGGAGGCGGUUCAGGGCACCUGGGGGCCUCAGUGCCUCUUUAUGCUGUUCCUGAGACUCCCUACUCAGGGAUCAGCACUGGCGGUGGCAGCGUGGCAGUAGCAGGAGCUCCUGCAGGAAGGGCUUGGGAAGAAACACUGCAUAUACAUCCUACCCCUGGACACAUCACUGCCUCUCAGGACGGCUCCCAGGAUGGUCUAAGGGUCAUUCCUGAACCUCAGGCAUUGCCAGCCUUCAGAGAACGAAGAUAUUCUGAGAGUUCCACUGUUUCAGCCAAGGAGAAUGAGGAGUCUCCUGAUGAAGCAGACAAAAAGACUUCCCAAAAUGCUGCACAGAAAGAAAAGCCAGGAGAUGUGAAGGAGAAUACAAAGAGCUCAGGAUUUGGCUGGUUCAGCUGGUUUCGAGGGAAGCCCACCACCAGUGACACCCACUCUGGAGAUGAAGACUCAUCACACAGCUCAGACUCAGAGGAAUCCCUGCAAGCACCAUCUGCCCACCCGGCCAGCCUGUCACCCACGCCUCCUCUGGAGUCCCCGCCUCUGCCUGGCACCAGUGCCCUCUCCAGGAGCAUAGGUGGAGGGGAAGUCCCAGGAUCCGCCGUGUCUAGUGGGGGAGCAGUGAAGGUCACCGGGGCUGGAGACUUCUCAGCACUUGAAGGUGUUUCCUCUGAGCUCUCCUCCAGACCUGGCAUUCUGCUUCCUCCACCCACCUUGCAAGGGGCGGUUCCUCUCUACAACCCGGCUCAGGUCUCACAGCUCUCCCACACCACCAGCCUGAAUCGGCCCAACCGCCUGGCUCAGCGCCGCUAUCCAACCCAGCCAUGCUGAGAACGACCACCUGGCCCAGGCUUGUCUCUGGGGAGCACCACUUAUAUGUCACUGUAAUUUUUCUUAAUUUCCCAUCCUCUUGGCUGUGAGUUGUGCAGGACUGCUGGACACGUAGAAGGCAAGGAGAUGGGACUGCUUAAAAACAGCUCAGUCUAGACCUUAAUUUAGCUAGCUCCAAAGCAUGGAAAUGAUUUCAUCAGGUGGGGAAUCUGGGUCUAAUGGGCAGUGUGUCACAGCGGCAGCAUUUGAGAUGGAGGGGAAGGCCUUUAGGAUCUCAGGAAUAGCAUCCCGGGCUCAGAGCCACAUUCCAACUUAGCUUUGACUCUUUCCUCAGCUUCACUUAUAGACGAAUACAUAGCUCUAGUUAGCAAAGAUUUUUACCCCUAAACUUGAUGAUUAUUGCCCUUCAAUGAUUCCUUCUUCAAUGACAUUUCACCGAUUUUUCCUCCUGGUCCUAGUUUGAUGCACAUUCUCGAUGUGGUUCAGAUUAAUUAUAUUUCUCUCACUUUCUUAGCCAGUCCUAUUUUUUUUCUCAUUUUGGCAUCUGGCUAUCAAGUUAGAUUGCUGUAGGCAUCAUAUUGUCAUGGUAACUACUGCACCUAAUGAUGCAGAUGGAUGGAACAUCAGUAUAAUAAAUGAUGGAAAAAGCAUUCCCUAAAAAUUCCUCCUUUCCAUAAGAGGGAAGGAAUGAGUGCCUGAUAUUGUUAAAUACCUCUUUUCCUACCUCAGGCCUUUGCAAAUUGAUGUUCAGUGGGUCACAGGGGUCUGAAUAGGAGGGGGAGGUAUAUCUUGAAAAUUUCCAUCUCUCCUUUCAAACCCAAAAUAGGAAUGAUUCUUGCUGUUUGUCAGAUUUGCUGAAAUUGCUCCUCACAAAGAACAUUUUUUUUGUAUGUGUAAUUGUACAUAAAGGUUUUGUACUUUAAUGUACUAUGGUUCUGAUUUUCAUAGCGAUUAAACCUAGAUAAUUUUGUAGCAAA